AACACAAGGAGGAAAAUGUUCAUUAUUAAAUUGUUUUCAGUUAUCAGGGCUGCGCUGCUCGGCAUCGGAGUAGCGGUCCAGUUGAAGGUCACGGUGAUAACGGACCUGGUCGAUGGCUGGUACGAGUUCGGACCCAUCGCCACCAUGGUGGUGGGGUCCAUCGUGUUCUUCAUCGCCUUCCUGGGGUGCUGCGGCGCUAUACGGGAGAGCAACUGCAUGCUUGUCACUUACUCGAUCUUCAUGAUCGUACUGAUGGUGCUGAAGGUGGCCCUGGCGACGGUGGUGUUCGUGAACGCCGACUCUCUGGCCACCAGCGUCAAGACCGAGUUCAACAACCUCUUCCAGAACAACCAGACGGAGUUCCACAAGAUCGAGACGGCGCUGAGUUGCUGCGGCACCGAAGGCGGGCAGUCGUACGGGGCGAACAUCGUGUCCCUGCCGCCGAGCUGCUGCGCCGAGGGCGCCGUCGCCUGCACUCUGCUCAACUCCUACCCUGGCUGCAACCGGCGGGCCGAGGACUUCAUCUCCACCUUCAGCACGGCUAUUGGUGCUGUUUGCAUUGUCGUCGCCGCUUUGGAGCUGGUAGCGGUGGUGUUUGGUCUGUGUCUCGCGAACCACGUGCGGAACAGGGACAGAAGAACACGUUACUGAAUAUCUGUCUCUUACUUCAUAUUACGACGUGAGAAGAACCGCACGGGUCUUCAUGUCAUUUAGUUAUAAGUGCAGUUUUAAGACAAAUUGUAGUGGGUUGGGUUAAGACCGAAUUAUGUUAAAAUCAUGUAAGGAGGUCAUACGGCAAAUUGUUACAUUUGGUUUGGGUGUUUUUGCAGGUUGAUACAUUUGCUACUUGCUACCUUAAACUCGCGUUUAGUAGUAAAAUGUAUAAACACUAUAAACAUUUUAUAUACCUACUCUGAUCAUUAUGUAAACAGGCCAAAUGUAAAGACCAGACACACAUCCGUAUUGACCUUAAACAAUUUGAUAAAUAAUUAUACUUAAUUCGAACUUAGCCUAUCCUAACUAUGUACCUACUUAAUGUAUAAAGUCUAAAUACAUUUUGAAUAGGAGACCGCAACAAUUACUAAGUAUAAAUAAUCUCUUA